AAACAUAGUGUAACCAACUAUUCAAUCAAAAUGAAGUUGUUCGUCGCCUUUGCUGCUUUGGUCAUUGCUUGCGUUAGCGCAGCCAGUUUGGAUGGAGUGCUUCGUCCCGCCUUCCCCGAAGGACGCAUCAUCAAUGGUCAUCCCGCUACCAAAGGCGAGGCUCCCUUCAUUGUCUCCUUGAAGUCGGGAUCCCAUUUCUGUGGUGGCUCCAUCAUCGAUGAACACUGGGUUCUGACUGCUGGUCACUGCUUGAUCUACUCCGAUUUCGAGGUGGUUGCCGGUUUACACGAACGCAAUGAUGAGUCUGACGUUCAAAUCCGCCAGGUUAAUGGCAAAAAAUUCCAAUAUGUCCAUGAAUCCUAUGGUGGCGAUGUUGGUCCCAACGACAUUGGUCUCAUCUACAUCGAAAAGGCUUUCGAUUUGAAUGCCUUGUCCCGUGAUGGAUCUGCCCCCGUUGCCAGCAUCAACUUGCCUUCCGGCAAAUAUGAACAAGUAGGUCGCGGCAAGCUCUUCGGCUGGGGACGUGACAAUUCCGGUUGGUUGCCCAACACCCUGCAGACAUUGGACGUCGACGUAAUUGGCUACACCGAAUGCAAAGCUGCCCUACCCUUCGAUGCCCCCUUGGAGAAAGUGAACAUUUGCUCCUACACUGCCGGUACUGCCGAUGGCUCCUGCAACGGUGACUCCGGUGGUCCUUUGGUCAUGGACACCAAGGAUGGUUACGAAUUGGUAGGCUUGGUCUCCUGGGGCUAUGUUCCCUGUGCUGCCACCAUGUACCCAUCGGUCUACACUGAUGUCUCUUCCUACAAGGAUUGGAUUGCCGAAAAAAUGAGUGCUAAACCCUAAAUUAGUACCGCCCGCCAAACAAUGCCAACGUUUAAAUGGCAAAGUUUUCAAAUUCUAUUCAAAUAAAUUUAAUACAGUAACUGAAAAACAA